GUUGGUGUGAAGAUGGCGGCGCCCAUGAUGGAGGUGUGCGCGAAAGCGUGGUGAUGGGAUUUUGUCCGUGCUUACGACUAAUUGCGCUGUUUUGGGGCUUCGUUUGCGUUGGACAUCCUAGUUUCUAAUAUGAGUAGUGUUUCGGCAAUCCGAGGAGUACUGUUGGGUUGUUCUACGCGGUCUCUGCGACGGUCGUGUCAGCUUCCGAUCGCGAGUCGCUGCUCAGCACCGUGCCUCCUUCAGCAACUGCCUCGGAAGUUUUCAAACAGCCCAGGACCACAAAAAGAAACCACCGAAGCGUCCCAGAUUGGUGGGCACGACUACUUCAAAUCGUUCUACUAUGGCUCCCAUGGAGCCUCGGAGCUUCAACCAGCGGUUGCUGGCCAGAGUCCGGCUGUGGUCGACAUCCCAGAAGACGCGCUGGACGAUGACCUCACGCCGUUUGAAGAACAGCUCGCCAGUGAGCCUAACCCUGAUGCCCUCUCCACUGAAGUGGACCCCGAGUUUUUGGACGAAGUCGGACCAGGUUUGCACAGGUCCUUCAACCUCGCCGCCUAUGUGAACCAAUCGGAGACCCUCCAGAAGUUCCUCCAGCUGGGAGUGGAUCUCUCCAGAUUCGACCGAAGGCCGGGGGUGCCCCAGAUGAUCCUGGCGCUUGACUUCGAAAAGGAUGUUGAACCCGUGAUCCGGUUCCUGACGUCGCUUGGAGUGGAGCCGGAUCGGCUCGGCUACAUCUUCACCAAGAAUCCAAGGAUACUGAAGGAACAACUGGAGAACCUUCAAGUGCGCGUCGACUACCUGCUGUCCAAGAAGUUCACGAAAGAACAAGUCGGGCGCAUUGCUAGCAAUGCACCCUUCUUUCUCAUGUUCAGCGUUCGCCGAAUGGACCGGCGACUUGGCUAUCUGCAGAAGACAUUUGAGCUCACCGGCGAUGAAGUCAGGCACGUGGUGGCCAGACUGCCCAAGCUCCCAACGUGUAGCAUCUACCUCAUCAGUGAUAACACAUUUGCCAUCAAAGAAGAGAUGGGCUUCAGCCCGGAACAGACCAAGCAACUGCUGCUGAACUGUCCCAAGUUGUUUCUUUCAACUCGCAGGCUCAUAGUGGAAGCUUUCGACUACCUCCACAACACCAUGGCUCUGAGCCACGAUCAGCUGCUGAAGUUUCCCUCCAUCAUACGAACCCGGAAAUGCGUCCUCCGGCCUCGCCACGAAUUUCUCGCGAAGCUGGGCAGGGACCAGUACGACGCCACCCAGCCAAACUACGUCGCUCUCAAGGCACUCGUGUCGGGGAGCGACGCGGACUUCUGCGAGAACGUCGCCAAGACCUCCGUGGAUACCUUCAACCAGUUCCUCAAGACGAUGUGACAAAAGACUUUGUCGGGCCAAGUGAGCGUUUGUGGAGAGUUUUUUUUUGUUGGCUUAAUGUGUUGGUACUACCCGAUUAAAGAGUUGACACUAGGA